AACGCCGGCAUAAUUAAGUUUGUUAAUUGCCGCAGCGGCCCUGCUGAGCGAGUCCCGGCACAGUAGACGACAGCCAUGUUAGGAGUUAGGAAUAUCGGCAAAUAUUGGGCGCGGUUGCCGACACAGGCAGAGCUGCAGGUUCUACGGUCAUCAACCAGAUGCGUAUCUUCUUGGAAAUAUCACCGGGUCCCUUCCUUAGCCUGCACUUUUCAAUGCAGCCAUCAGUAUGAGCAACAGAUCAAAGAUGUUAGACAUUUCCACACAUCAUCUGCAUUUUUUGGUGAGGUGAAGGUGGUGCAAGUACCGCCCUUUGCAGAGUCGAUCACAGAGGGGGACAUCAGGUGGAUUAAAGAAGUGGGUGACAGUGUUAGCGAGGAUGAACCUGUGGCAGAAAUUGAAACAGACAAGACAUCCAUGCCAGUGAACUCUCCUUGUGCUGGUGUUAUUAAAGAAAUUUUAGUUGAGGAUGGUUCAACAGUUACUGCUGGACAACAUAUAUGUAAGAUAGAGGCUGGGGCUGUGGGGGCUGCUCCUUCCAAGAAGGAGGAAGCCCCUGCUGUUGAGGCCCCUGCUGCUGCUGUUGCUGCAGCUGCAACAAUUGCAGCAAAAGCUCCUCCACCGCCUACUGCUGCAGCUGGGCCAAUUCCAAAAACUGUCCCACCAGCUGCUGCACCACCUGCAGCCCCACUGGCUUCAAUUCCUGUAGCAGCAAUAAAGCAUUCAUCAUUCAUCCAUCAGGCUGAGGUCAAGGUGCCACCAGCGGACUACAGCAAAGAAAUCAGUGGGACUCGUACAGAACAACGUGUAAAAAUGUCACGAAUGCGACUACGAAUUGCCCAGCGACUCAAGGAAGCACAAAACACUAAUGCAAUGUUAACUACCUUCAAUGAACUAGAUAUGAGCAACAUCAUGGAACUUCGGAAGAGCAUUGGGGACCAAUUUUUGAAGAAACACGGAAUAAAGUUGGGCUUUAUGUCAGCAUUUGUUAAAGCCUGUGCAUAUGCUCUUACUCAGCAACCCAAUGUUAAUGCUGUCAUAGAUGGAAGCGAGAUUGUUUACAGGGAUUAUGUGGAUAUUUCUGUUGCUGUUGCUACACCAAAGGGCCUCGUUGUACCAGUUUUGCGUAAUGUAGAGGGGAUGAACUACCUGGAUGUUGAAAAGGGCAUUAUGGAAUUGGGUGAAAAAGCUCGCACUGGAUCACUGGCAGUGGAAGACAUGGAUGGUGGAACCUUCACUAUUAGCAACGGAGGAGUAUUUGGUUCCCUGUUUGGAACCCCUAUUAUCAAUCCACCUCAGUCGGCCAUUCUGGGGAUGCAUGGUAUAUUUGAUCGGCCAGUAGCAAGGAAUGGACAGGUGGUCAUCAAGCCUAUGAUGUACAUCGCAUUGACAUAUGAUCACCGACUCAUUGAUGGCAGGGAGGCAGUUACCUUCUUGAGGAAGAUCAAGCAAGCUGUGGAAGACCCCAGGAUCAUGCUCUGUGGACUUUAGACAACCACUUGUGUUAAAGCUUGUCAGUAACAAGUCAUAUCAUUGGUUAGUCUUGGCUUCAUGUAAUGAAUUAAUAUUUAUAAUGUGUUUGCAAAUUAGUGCAGUUCUUAAUGUUAAAUAUUGCAAAAUUUAUAUGAAAAAAACAGCAGUUUUUAUGUCUAAUACGCUAAAUUAAUUGGACAAAUAAAUGCUUAUCCGUGUUAAGUUUUUUCAAGAAAUUAUGGAAUCAAAUGCUACUCUUAGCUUUAUUUUGUGUAUAAUUUAUGAUUUGAAGCUGGUUCUCGAUAUAUUAAGAUGACUGAUUGUAGCAUAUCUUGUAUAUACGUGUAAUAUAUACCUUGACAUUUGUUAUCGGUAGAGUAACUGGUGAAACAUGGCGUCCUUCCCUCCCUCUGAUGGUUUGUACCUGUUGUCCACCUGUCCUAAGUUAUCACUAGCUGCUGGUAACUACACACAAUACUACAUGUAAUAAUAAAUCACUUUGCCAGUA